GGUACAAUUUUUAAAAAAGGCGUGAAGAGCUUAAUGAGAAUGGGCAAACAGAAACUCCCGCAAGAUAAGGAGGCAUUGGUGGACAGUGACGACAGUGCACAAAUGACUGCAAUCCCUCAUCAACGGGGUCACAUGACGGAGACAAGUGACCUAUCUUCUGACAACGAAUCUAUCAAUUCUCUCAAUGUCGAAUACUCACCAAAGCCUAAAAAACCAUUGAAACAUAAAGAUCAAUUAAAUGCAACCCAAAAUGCACUUAAAUCUCAAGACUUUCAAGUAUGUGUAACCAUCAUUGAGGCAAGACAACUAGCAGGUCUGAAUAUGGACCCUGUUGUAUGCGUACAAGUUGGCGAAGUAAAGAAAUAUACGAGUGUGAAGGAAAGCACAAACUGUCCUUACUACAAUGAAGCAUAG